CGAUCAUUCUAUCCUACUUACUGAAGUUACCUAGUCUUAAUAAACAGUUAUAUAUUAUUUCUAAUAACAUUUAAUGCUCCAAUAGCGACGUAUUGGGUGCUGUACAGCUGCAUGUUGGGAUAGCUAGAUGUCUAAACAACUGAAGCGUUGGUUGCUUUGUGUUGUGAGUUUGUUAAACUGCAGAAAAUGGUACACUCUUGUUGUGUAAAGGGCUGCCAUGCUAACCUUCACAAGAAGGCAAAAAGGUUAAAUGUAGGCUGGAGUCACGGUAAUCGUAUUUGGCCGUUUAUUUUGAUAGAGAAAUCUUAAGGCUGUUGGUCAUACUGACAGACUGUAAUUACCCCGACGCAUGCAUGUGUGAAGACAUUUUAAACGUUAUGCACAGAGACUGCGGAGGUAACAACAAGAUUCGCAUCUGAGCGUUGUCUCAAACGUGGACACCAUGAUCAGUGCAGCUCGCUAUCAGCACGCUGAGGAGCUGUAGAGAGCAUCUUGGAGCAUGUCUGAUAGCCAGCCAGUCUCUGUUUAAUUCUGCACAGAGACUGAGUCAGACUCCAGAACCAGACCACAGCAGGAUUAGGGUGUCAAAAUGACCAGACCAAAACCUGGAAAACGAUGGAGGAGGACCAGUAAUGAAGAUGGCUCAAAUAAACGACCAAGAAGGAUUUCACAAUUGUCAUCCCUUUUUGCAGCCACUAAUGUUCAUGUGGAGACUGAUGAGCAAUAUUUAAGUAGGGAAGCACAGCAGAAGGGUUUGCCUCCUGGAGGAGACCAAAACACUACACUUGAAAAGGAACCUAUCCAACCACCAGAUAUCCAUGCAGGAUGUGCCCCACUCUCUGAACUAUCAAGUCUCUCACCGAUUGCCAGCACAAAGCGUGGUACAAGAGAUUGUUUCAACUAUUGACUCUGUCAAAGACUGUGAAGAACCAACUUCCACAUCAGUCAUCAGAGAUCCUCCUGAUGACCUAAUAACCGAACUACAUAGCAAUGCUGAGUAUGCUCCAUCUCAUUCAUUUUAGGAAGAUGUGGGGGAUUGGACGUAUGAUGAUGCCAUAGCUGAAUUUUACAUACAUAUGACCAAAGAUGAUAGUUUCUGUGUGGAAAACCAUGAUUUGUGUAGGACUAAACUAUAUGGAGCAUCUAAUAAACUUCAACUGGACACAGUUCACCACUCUGCUUUGGAAAGAUGUGCUGGUCACUGCAUCAAUUCUAAAACAGUAAGGGUCUUUCACAGGGCACAAGUUAAGAGGAAUUAUCUCACAUCAAAACACUAUGGGAAAGGCAAUAGAAGAAACAAUUUCACAGUUGUUUUUUCUAGUGAAGGACAGAUAAAAUAUGGAAAGAUAGAUUUCUUCUUUAUCACGGAACAAUCCUGUGACAAAUGGGUUCUUGUUCAUGAAUUCAAAGAUGCAGGUUUUUCUUUGCUGCAAGAUAGUAGAACGAAUGGUACAUGCAGUCAUGUUGUUCCACUUGUGGAAACUUCUGUCAGAACAGUGGUUCCCUUGGAUUGUAUUUUGGGUAAAGUUGCUUACCUUGACAUCUAUGCCUGUCAUAGUGUUUGUAGCUCAUUUACCAAAUACACUUGAAAGGUUUUAACCAUUAAGACCAAAACUGACCAAUAACAACAUUGACCUCUGUAUUUUUACUGUUCUGUAUAACACAACUUCGCUGUGACUUCUGUAAAAAGCAACCAUUUUCAUUUAUAUGUUUACAUAACUGUUAAUUAAAUUGACAAUGCAAUGUAAAUAUCUAGAAAUUUCAUGAAUUAAAAAAGAUAUCUUGAGCACAUUGUGGCUUAAUGUGCUAUACAGUUUUUAAAUGUUAACUUAAAGCUUAAAACUGUAAUUAACAAGUUAUGACAUGUAAGAAUUCAACAAGUUUUGGAUGGAAGUUGAACAUUAUGUAAAUAUAAACCACAAUUGAAUUGAUAAUGUAUUUUGUCAAGAAAUAAAUGGAUUUAGUGUCAUUUGAGAGCGCAUUUGAUUUUGUUAUGAAACUGAUCUAACUUAGUGACGUCAUGCAUUGCUCACUGAGACAUAACUGAGAUAGGGAUUUGAAGUAAGGAUAUCAUAUUGAGACAUUUUUGAGAGUGCAUUUCAUGUCUCAUUUUUAACUUAUCUGAGAUCAGGAAAAGAGACAGUUGUAAGAGGAUUUUGAGAUUUCAGACAGUGCUCACUGUAAGAUUUAUUUCUCAGGAGAAACAUUUGAGAAGAAUGAGAAAACCACUUCAGUCUCAAUUUGUGCUUAUUUGUAUCUAGGAGAUGUAAAUGUGACAGAAAUGAGAUCUUAUCUUCAAUUUUGCUUUGC